AUGGGCCUUUUGGACAUAAAGAAGAGUGCCAAAACGGCAAUUUUGACAAGAAGAUCUUCCAAGGACCUCGGCUAUUUCGAGGAUGAAUACCUUGACUUCUUCUCAACUAAGUCUAGAAGCCCACCUUCUAUCAACCUGGCUACGUAUUUGAGGGUUUCUUCCCUGAGAUUGUGCUUUGACGAGUUUUUCGGGUAUUUUAAAAACGAAAGGGUUCAAUUUCUUUGUUUGGGGACUGGUUUGGACACUACUCCCUACCACUUCCUUGAGACCUAUGGCAAUGUGGUCUGCUUCGACCACGAUUUUGAGGAGAUCAUGAGGUCCAAAGCCCAGAUUAUGCAAAAGCAUAAAAAAUUUUUUGAACUUCUCCCUGAUUUAAGGGCCUCUGGCGAUUAUGUGACCUCCGAACGCUACAAAAUGGUCCCCUUUGAUUUGUACGAUUUUGAUAAAAUAUCCGUCUUGUUAGACUCUGGAAUCUCCAGCGCUUUGCCUACUCUUAUUUUAAGUGACUUAUGCAUGAGCCACUUGAAGACUAAAUCUUCAAAUAAGGUACUUUUCUUUGUUAAUCUUUACUUCAGCUCCUCCAAUGGUUCGCUGACUUUUUCAAAGGCCCAGUUUUAUAUUUGUGUCUUGAGCCCAUACACUGAUCUUGGCUGGGAUGGAUUUCACAUUAAGUUUGGCGCUUACUUUUAUAAUAGGCUAAGCUUAUCUGAAAGAGAGCGCGUUCUGAAAAUUGAAAAUUUUACUCAGAUGGAGCUAUUAGAUAAUAUUUGUCACCUUUUUUUCCUUGGAUUCGCCUUUAAGAAUUUCAAGGAUCCUAGCUUCUUCGACUUUCUUUUUCACGAAAUCAGUGCCACUGAUUCAAAAAUGGUUUCCUUAGGAAACGACCCUCUCCCUAUUCUUGAAAUUGGUAGGAACAAUGUUGAGUUCGUCAAGUUUUACACUGAGCUCUCUGAAACCCCUAUAGACUGCGUAACCUUUUAA